AUGAAGGUAAUUUGGAGGCUAAAGUCUCUUAACAAGUACAACAACUGGAUGUUUAAGCUAGCAAUUGCAAUUCUCUUUUUGGGUUUUGUUUUUAGAUUCUUUUUCUAUCGAUCGACAAGUUUUGAACCAAAUUUAGAAACCCCAUUUGUUGAUAGCACUGAAUGGUCAAAGGAACCUGUUUCUUCUGUUGAGAUUCCAAAACCACCGCAACCUGUUACUGUUGAUACUCUAGGGCCGCCUCUUGCUGGUGAUAUUCCAAAGCCACCUGCUUCUGUCAAUACUUCAGAGGCUUCUCUAUCUGCUGAUGUAAGAGAACACGAAGACGAGACGCCUCAAGCAGAACCUAAUGAUGGAAAGUGUGAUCUUUUCACUGGGGAUUGGAUUCCCAAUCCAUCCGGACCAAUGUACACCAACGCCAGUUGCUCCUUGAUUGAAGGUCAUCAGAAUUGUAUGAGGAAUGGACGAACCGAUUCAGGCUAUCUAUUCUGGAGGUGGAAUCCGCGAGACUGUGAGUUACCUCCGUUUGAUGCUCAAAGGUUCCUUGAGGUGAUGAGGAAUAAAAGAUGGGCAUUGAUUGGUGAUUCAAUAUCUCGCAACCAUGUACAGUCGUUGUUAUGCAUUCUCUCAACAGUUGAACAAGCAGUUGAAGUUUACCAUGAUGAGGAGUACAAAUCAAAAAGAUGGCAUUUUCCUUCUUACAACUUUACCAUAUCAACCAUCUGGUCUCCUUUCCUUGUAAAAGCUGCCAUCUUUGAAGAUAAUAAUGGUGUUUCAACAACCGAAGUUCAGUUGCAUCUUGACAAACUUGAUACAAACUGGACAAAUCUAUACCAGAGCUUUGACUACAUGAUAGUCUCUACUGGAAAAUGGUUCCUCAAAGCUGCUAUUUACCAUGAGAAUGACACAGCGGUGGGCUGCCAUAUAUGUCCUGGAAAGAACCUGACAGAGAAGGGAUUUGUCUUCGCUUACGAAAAAGCCCUAAGGUACGCAAUGAACUUCAUUGCAACGUCCAAGCAUGAGGGAUUGAUCUUUUUCAGGACAUCCACACCAGAUCAUUUUGAGAAUGGAGAAUGGCACAAUGGAGGGAAUUGUACGAAAACAACACCAGCUAAAGAAGGUGAGAUUGAAUUAAAAGACUUGAACAAGAUUCUCCGUAAUGUUGAAUUAACCGAGUUUGAGAAGGCGUCUGCGAAAGCUGCUGAAAAUGGGGUAAAUCUUAAACUACUCGAUUUCACAAAUCUUUUGUUAUCAAGGCCGGAUGGCCAUCCGGGUCCAUACAGGCAGUUUCAUCCAUUUGCGCAGGACAAAAAUGCGAAAGUUCAGAAUGAUUGUUUACAUUGGUGUUUACCUGGGCCUAUUGACUACUGGAAUGAUGUGAUAAUGGAGAUGGCUGUAAAUGGUUGA